CCCACAGAGACGGAACGCUGCAUCGAGUCCUUGCUGGCCGUCUUCCAGCGGUACGCGGGACGCGAAGGGAGCAACCUCACGCUCUCCAAAAAGGAGUUCGUGGCUUUCAUGAACACCGAGCUGGCUGCUUUCACAAAGAAUCAGAAGGACCCAGGUGUUGUGGACAGGAUGAUGAAGAAACUUGAUUUGAACAGCGACGGGCAGCUGGACUUCCCGGAAUUCCUGAACCUCAUCGGGGGCAUCGCGGUGGCCUGUCACGAGAGCCUGGUCAAAGCCCCCGGCCCCUAG